GUGCUCGUUCUGGAUACACACGCAAGCAACGACAGGACGAAGAUAACUCCUAGGAAUUAAAAAUAGGAUAUUAAGCAUCUUCGGCAAGAGUCGCUGUAACGGAUACAGGCAUUAAUAUUACACAUAGAGGCGCACAUUUACACUGGCACAGAGUUUUGCCCAUGCCAACAGGAUUAAAGAUCUCAGCAGUGCAAUUUCUCUGCGGCAGGUCACUGUACUGGAUUUUAGUUGGUGCACUUCCGAGGAAUAUUAUAAGGGAACGCUGACAGGUGAAGUGCGCAAUCGUUGGUGACGGAACCCAAACGUAAAUCCUCUUGAGGUGAGUUGAGGUGGCAUGACACCGUCCCGCUUAGUUUAAUAGACUGUACCAGCCUCGAUUCGUGAAAAGUGAUAUUGCCCGUUUGUAGCAUAACUUGUGGAACUCCCGUUUUCACAUGGGUGAAGCAGGCUCUCGCUUCCCUUUUGAAUGGACCCGAGCUCGCUGUCAAGAUAACGACGUGUCUGAACCAGAGCGAGAAAAACGAUGGGCCGAACUGUUCGAUCAACUGGAUUUAAAUAAAGAUGGUAGAAUAGACAUAAACGAACUUCGUGCUGGACUGGAUGCUUGGGGUGUCGUUCAAAGUGACGUAGAGGAGAUAGUGCGUGUGAGUGAUACCAAUCGAGAUGGACAGCUGGACUUUGAGGAAUUCAGCCGGUAUCUGCGCAACCAUGAGAAGGAGCUGAGGCACAUGUUCUGCAGCUUGGACCGUAACAACGAUGGUCACAUAGAUGUGGGGGAAAUCCAGCAGUCCUUGUACACCUUAGGUGUGAAGGUAUCUUUUGAGGAGGCCUGUAGGAUACUGCAAAGGUUAGUCAUCAGAGAGAGGAGGCACAUUAUUCACCCUUUAUUUGCUCUGCUAUUAUCCAGUAUAGACAGGGAUGGCACCAUGACAAUUGACUGGAAUGAAUGGCGAGACCAUUUCCUGUUUAACCCUUUCCACAAAAUGGAGGACAUCGCCCACUACUGGAAGCACUCAUUGAUGCUUGAUAUUGGAGAACAGCUGACUGUGCCGGAUGAGUUUUCUGAGUGGGAGCGGAGGACAGGGUUGGUCUGGAGGCAGCUGGUUGCUGGAGCAAUAGCGGGAGUUGUGUCCAGAACAGGAACUGCCCCGCUAGAUAGACUCAAGGUUUUUCUUCAGGUUCAUGGCUCGGGUGGUUUUAGCUUAUGGACUGGACUGCGUGGAAUGGUGCGGGAAGGCGGCGUCAGGUCCUUAUGGAGAGGCAAUGGCAUAAAUGUAUUAAAAAUCGCUCCCGAGUCUGCCAUAAAGUUCAUGGCCUAUGAACAGAUAAAGUGGGUGAUUCGAGGCUGUAAAGAAGGGGGCACACUGAGGGUGCAGGAGAGGUUUGUUGCUGGCUCACUGGCUGGAGCCACUGCUCAAACCAUCAUCUACCCCAUGGAGGUGCUGAAGACGCGUCUUACUCUACGCAAGACAGGGCAGUACUCAGGGACAAUAGACUGCGCCAGGCAGAUGCUGCGUAAAGAAGGGGUUCUGGCCUUCUAUAGAGGCUAUGUGCCCAACACACUGGGCAUCAUUCCUUAUGCUGGCAUCGAUCUAGCUGUCUAUGAGACUCUGAAGAAUGCAUGGUUGCAGCAGUACUGUACAGGUUCAGCUGACCCUGGGGUUUUGGUGCUGCUCGCCUGUGGCACUGUGUCAAGCACCUGUGGUCAGCUAGCCAGUUAUCCACUGUCCCUCAUCCGCACUCGUAUGCAAGCCCAGGCCUCCAUAGAGGGUGCUCCACAGCUGUCCAUGUUGGGUCAGUUCAAGUAUAUAGUCUCCCAUGAGGGUGUACCAGGUCUCUACCGUGGCAUUGCCCCCAACUUCCUUAAGGUCAUUCCUGCUGUCAGCAUCUCCUAUGUAGUCUAUGAAAAUAUGAAGAAAGCUCUGGGAGUGGGCUAACAGACACAGCAGCCAGGAACUGUGAGAAGAAGGAAGAAAUGGGGCAGACCUUAGAAACCUACUUCUCAUAUAAAGAAUAAGCCAAGUAGGUUUGGUAAAGCCUUUGGAACAAACAAAGAGGAUCCCUGAGCAAUGUAGUUAUCGAAAAGUACUCAAAGAAUGGAAAGCAAAUCCACAUUGCAUACUGUGCUUUUCUGGUUUUAUAUUACAGUGGAAUAGAUGGAGUCAGUUUGGUUUUAAUGGAAGUGUGGAAGUAUUUAUUAAGAGAAAAUUCCUUUGAUAUUGGCAGCUACAUUAAAAAAAAAAUUUCCCAAUUACCUGCAAUAUCUGUUUAUUAAAACAGUUUUCUCUAACUGUAUGUGCAUUUCCCCUAUGUUGUACAUGUACAUGUAACCGUGUAUUUCUUGUGUGAUUAUUCUAUCAUACAUCACCCUUACAGAGAUUUUUUUUUCAUUGGGGGGGGGUGCCCAAAGCCUGCUGAAACCUUAUAUAAAAUGAAACAAACACCCACUGUCCAAACAUUUCUGCUGAAUGAGACUUAAACUCUUAUGUGAAGAUUGAAGUUCCUGAUUUGUGUUUGUUAUGUGAAUGUACAAAUUGUAACUUGUUUCUGCAAAGUAUUUUUCUAUGCUUAAUAUGUGUUUUAAAGAUAUCUAAAGGAGCCUACAGGAAAAACAAAUUCUCUGGGUCAAACAAAUAAUUGGUUUGCAAUUUCAACAAAAAAGUUAACUUUAGUGACCUUAAACAUUUUUACCUCCCUGUUUUGUUUGUCUUAAGUUUCAUCUUGUGGUUCUCAGUUCUUUUGGAGGUACAUUGUUUAGCUUUAAAAUGAUAUGGCAUUGAGCAGUUAGCUAAUGCUGUUAGGAUUGUUUACUAGAGAGUAAAUACAUUUGCAUACAUUUAUGCUGAUUGUGGUUAAUGCUGAAAAUGUUGCACAAACUUAUGUCUGUUCUAAUAGUAACUCAAAGGUUACAAACCAUUUGAAUACACUCAACUAAUGUAAUUUUAAAUGAUCAGAGACUUGCUUCUUUAAUAUCGUAUUAAACUUGUCCUUGCCUGACAAUUAUGUUUUUAUGGAAAUUUGAAUAAGUCUUCUGCACUUUUGCAAACAGACUAUACAUUUCGUGUUCUCAAUCUGCUAUUCAUAUGUGGCAUGCUGUGUGAGAAUAGAAAUGAAUAGCCCUUUAUGGAGGGUUGUAUGAGAUUAAUGAAUGUUAUCAUUCUGUGUGCUGUGUGCACAUUAAUCUCUGUGAAAAUGAGUUAAAAGUGCUAAUGUGACAUCAGUAAGGUUCCAUAAUACCUAGUGGCCUUGUGAAAGAAGGACUAUACCACAACGAAUGGGUUUCAUACAUUGGCCUAAUACAGUAUGUAAAAUGUAUCAUUAAAAAUGUCUCAUUAAAAAAGUAUCAAAGCAAAUAUUUGGAGGUUACAAAUAUUCCCUCAGUUAAAGUUAGCAAAAACUUAGAAAAUUCAAUUACAGCAGCUAUAAAAUUUUAGAUCAGCAAUGGAAGCAUGUGAUUGUCUACAUGCCUUGGAACUAUGAAUAUUCAUCUGUUUGCUUUAUAUUUCUGUAUCAAACCAUAAAUGUAGGCAAAAGAGGAACAGACCUGAGAGAAGAUAAAAUUGUGGAAGAUAUGAUAGAACGUAGAGUAAAUUUCAUGUAGAGUAGUAGUAAACCCAUAAUGAUGUGUAAA